UUCAUUUUGCUAUUACAUAUACUAUUUCAUUUCUGAUUUCAUUCACCGUUCAGCUCAAAACCCUUUCUUCGUCUUCUUCUUCUUAUUCUUCAUCUUCCAUUUUCCAAUUUUCUCUGAAGAAACAAUGUCAAAGGGUCCAGGUCUCUACUCUGACAUCGGCAAAAAAGCCAGAGAUCUUCUUUUCAGGGAUUACAACACUGAUCAGAAGUUCACUCUCACCACUUAUUCACCCACUGGAGUUGCUAUAACCACCUCAAGUACCAACAAAGGUGAGAUUCUUUUGGGCGAUAUUAACACCCAGUUGAAGCACAAGAAUGUCACUACUGAUAUCAAAGUGGACACGGAUUCUAAUCUCUUCACAACUAUCACUGUUAACGAGGCAGCUCCUGGCCUCAAGGCUAUUCUUAGCUUCAGAGUUCCUGAACAAAGGUCUGGAAAGGCUGAGAUUCAGUACUUGCAUGACUAUGCUGGAAUUUCUGCUAGCGUUGGGUUGACUGCAAACCCAAUUGUCAACCUCUCUGGUGUUAUUGGAACUAAUGUUACUGCUCUCGGAAGUGAUCUUUCUUAUGACUCUAAAACUGGUGAGGUUACAAAGUUUAAUGCUGGUGUGUCCUUCACCAAAGAUGAUUUGGUUGCUUCGUUGAUUCUGAAUGAAAAAGGUGAUCUCUUGAAUGCUUCAUACUACCAUGUGGUCAAUCCACUUACCAAAACUGCUGUUGGUGCUGAGGUUGCCCAUCGACUCUCCACCAAAGAGAACACACUCACACUUGGCACUCAGCAUGCAUUAGAUCCUUUGACCACAGUGAAAGCUCGAUUCAACAACUUCGGAAAGGCAAAUGCUCUCAUCCAGCACGAGUGGCGCCCAAGGUCAUUCUUCACCAUUUCUGGUGAGGUGGACACCAAGGCCAUUGAGAAGAGUGCAAAGGUUGGAAUCGCUCUGGCUCUCAAACCUUGAAACGAAUUUUGAGUCAUUAUUGUGUUGAGGUAGGCAUUGUUAGCAAACAAGCACAUAAUUUGGUGUUUUUUGAGCAAGUCUUUACGAUGCUUUUGAUGAUUGCAUUUUAAGCAAAACAACGUUGUAUAAAUAAGUAAGGGAUUCUUUCUUAUAAACCAAAUGUUAACUCUUAAUUUCCCAAUCUUUCGGCAUAUAAUAUCUUUUGUUGUACUGAGCAGUAAUGCUCAUUAUUGAGGUUUUUACAGCUUGAUUUAUAAGCUAUUUGCAUGUGAUAA